AUGGUGGAAUUGGAGUGGAGAAGUGGGAUCUCUCAACGCAAACACAGCGAUCGAGAAUGGGAUCUUCGCGAGCAAUGCGUGGAGCUCAUGGGGAGCUGCCAAUCGGCAUCACAGGCAUCAGAGAUCCACGGCCGAAUCCAGCGCCUCUACGGCAGCCGCGACGUUUUCAUGCAAAACAAGCUCAUCGAGAUGUAUGGCAAAUGCGGCAGCCUGGAGAGCGCGCGCCAGAUCUUCGACGCCAUGCCCAUGCACGAUUCCUUCUCCUGGACGCUCAUGCUCUGCGCGUACUCCCACAACGGCAAGCUCCACGACGCCCAGAUCGUGUUCGACGCCACGCCCAGCGAUCUCCGCACGCUCGUCGCCUGGACUGCCAUGAUCGAUGCGCUUGCCAAGAAGGGGCAUCUGGCUCCCAGCAAGGAGCUUUUCGAUCGCAUGCCGCAGAGGAAUCUCGUGUCCUGGAACUCGAUGCUGGAUGGAUACACGCACAGCGGCCUCGCCACCCAAGCCAAGCAGCUGUUUGAUCAAAUGCCCGAGAGAGAUCUGCUCUCGUGGACUUCUCUCCUUGUUGCAUAUGCCCAAAGCGGGCAUAUGGACUCGGCAAAACGGACUUUUGAUUCCAUGCCAGGCCGGGAUAUCGUCGCUUGGAACACGAUGCUGGUCUCGUUUUCACGCAAAAAUCAGCUCCAGAAAGCGGUGUGGAUCUUUGAGAAAAUGCCGCAGUUUAAUGUUGUGUCUUGGAACGCAAUGGUUGCAGCAUAUGCCCGAAACGGGCAUUUGGAUCAAGCAAAACAAGUCAUGGAAAAGAUGCCUCAGCCCAACCUUGUGUCAUGCAACACACUUCUUGCAGCGUUUUCGUCCAGCGGAAGGGUGACGGAGGCGAAAGAAGUGUUUAACAGCGUUCCGGAGCGAGACAUGGCGUCUUGGUCCUCGAUGCUUACGGCAUAUACGCACAAUGGGCGCCUUGAGGAGGCAAAGUGUCUCUUUGAUGAGAUGCCGAGCCGGAGCUUGGUAUCGUGGACGAGCAUGAUGCUCGUCUACGGUCAGAAUGGCCACCUGGACUACGCCAAAUCAGUCUUUGACUCCAUGCCCGAGCGCGAUCUCGUCGCCUGGACGUCGAUGCUUGCAGCGCUCGUUCACAAUUCCCGAUUCGAUGACGCGCGGCUGCUCUUUGAUUCCAUGCCGCAGAAGGAUCUCAUCGCGUGGACGACGAUGCUGCUGGGAUACAUCCAGGGUGGAUUGAUCUCCGAAGGAAAAGCGCUCUUUGACAGCAUGCCAGAGAGAAAUGCCACUGCUUGGAACUGUAUGCUCGGAGUUUACGCUCAGAAGGGCCAUCUCGCCAACGCCACCAAAAUCUUCCAGGGAAUCCCUGCUCAAGAUCAAGGAUUGAUCUCCUGGAGUGCCAUGCUCGCUGCUUACUGUCACCACGGCCAUUUCGAGCAGGGCUUUGAAGCAUUCCAGGCGAUGAAAAUGGUGGUGGAAUCCCCAGACGAGGUGUGCUUUACUUUGCUCCUCGUCGCGUGUAGCUGCCAGGGAGAGGUUUACACGGGAAGGUGUGUUUUCACGUCAAUGAGCGUGGAUUAUGGAGUGGUGGCCGGGAAGCAGCACUAUGCUUGCAUGGUGGACUUGCUGGGACGUUCCGGGCAUCUGAGAAGCGCCCGAGAGCUCAUUGGCAGCAUGCCGUUCGUGGAGGAUGUUGUCGACUGGGUUUCCUUGCUGGGAUGCUGCAAGAGAUACAACGAUUUGGAGCUGGGAAGUGUUGCUGCAAGGAGAAUUCUCGAGCUCGACACUAAGUACGGUGCUACCUAUGUGCUUCUAGCUAGCAUCUUCGUGACAAACAUGACUAUGGGAUUCAAAAGCAAUGAAAAUAUCAAAGAUUGUAUGAUAAACAUGGUGUGA